UCGACAGGGCAGUCCGGGCCGGGCCAUGGAGCCGCCGGCGCCCGGCGAGGUGCACAUGAGCCAGGCCAUCCAGCCUGCGCACGCCAACCCGCGCGGGGAGCUGAACGCCGGGCAGCUGCUCAAGUGGAUCGACGCCACCGCCUGCCUGGCGGCUGAGAAGCAUGCCGGGGUUUCCUGUGUUACAGCCUCAGUAGAUGACAUACAGUUUGAGGAAACAGCUAGAGUUGGACAAGUCAUAACCAUCAAAGCAAAAGUUACUAGAGCAUUCAGCACCAGCAUGGAGAUUAGCAUCAAGGUCACAGUUCAGGACACGUUCUCUAGAAUUGAGAAACUUGUUAGUGUGGCCUUCUCUACAUUUGUUGUUAAGCCAGCUGGAAAAGGAAAGAUUCAUUUAAAACCAGUCACACUUCUAACUAAAAAAGAUCAUUUGGAACAUAAUCUGGCUUCUGAAAGAAGGAAAGUUCGACUGCAACAUGAAGACACCUUCAGAAAUUUGAUGAAGGAACAUAGCAAGUUUGGUGAUCCUGUUUGUGAGGAAGCAGAAGGAAUGGUUUCUACAGGGGAUACUUCUGUUCAGAGCAUUGAACUUGUCCUCCCGCCCCACGCGAACCAUCAUGGAAAUACAUUUGGUGGUCAGAUUAUGGCUUGGAUGGAAGCAGUGGCAGCUAUCUCUGCAAGCCGCCUCUAUGAGGCACAUCCUUCUCUGAAGUCUGUGGACAUGUUUAAGUUUCGAGGACCAUCUACAGUCGGAGAUCGCCUUGUCUUCAAUGCAAUUGUCAACAAUACGUUCCAGACCUGUGUGGAAGUGGGAGUGCGCGUGGAGGCCUUCGACUGCCAGGAGUGGUCCGAGGGCCGGGGCCGACACAUCAACAGUGCUUUUCUCAUCUAUAAAGCUGUCGAUGACAAGCAAGAACUGGUCACGUUUCCAAGAAUCAAACCCAUGUCGAAGGAUGACUUUAGACGGUAUCGUGGAGCUAUCGCCCGCAGGAGAAUUCGUCUCAGCAGAAAAUAUAUGAUUUCCUACAAAGAAGAAGUUCAACUUUGUGAACAGUGGGAUAUAAACAAUCAGGUAUCCCUGACUGAUGGCAAUGUGACGGCUCUCAAAAACCUGGCAGCCAAAAGUGGUUGGGAGAUUACCAGUGCUGUGGAAAAGAUAAAGAUAUAUAUUCUGGAAGAGCAUGACACUUUAUCUGUUUGGGUUGAAAAACAAGUGGAAAGACCAGCACACACAGCCUAUCAUCUCUUGUCUGACUUUACCAAGAGACCCCUGUGGGACUGCCAUUAUGUGUCAUGUAAGAUCAUAGACCGGGUAAGUGAAGAUGAUCAGAUAUAUCAUAUCACAUGUCCUACAGUGAACGAAGACAAACCCAAAGACUUGGUGGUACUUGUGUCACGAAGAAGACCGCUCAAAGAUGACAAUGCUUUCACCGUGGCAGUGAAGUCAGUUAUUCUGCCAUCCGUCCCACCCUCUCCACAGUACAUGAGAAGUGAAAUUAUAUGUGCUGGGUUUCUCAUCCAUGCUACUGACAGCAAUUCAUGCAUUGUGUCUUACUUUAAUCAGAUUUCUGAUAGCAUCUUUCCUUAUUUUGCUGGAAAUCUUGGUGGCUGGUCUAAGUCCAUUGAGAACACAGCGGCUUCCUGCAUACAGUUCAUUGAGACUACUCUGAGUGAUGGGGUGAUAUGAACACUUUACAUGGUAAUUUUUUUACUUACCUGUGAUUUGAUUGUCCACUUUUCCACCCAAGUAUCAUUAUUCCUGACACUUGUCAAACUUUAGGGCCACAAAAAUAGCAAAAUGAACUAAAACAAAAUGCAGUUGAAAAAAUAUUUUU